AUGCGACCGCAUCUCCUCCUCCUCCUCGCCGCCGCCUGCCUCCCGCCGCCGGCCGCGUGCCGGCUCCUCCACCAGCCCCCGCCGCCGCUGCGGCAGCAGCAGCAGCAGCACGGCAGCGGCAGCGGCAGCAACGUGACCACCGUGGCGCUCGCCGCCGCCGCGUCGCUGCUCGCGUUGCUCCUGCUCUACCUCUGCGCCGCCAUCGCGGUGCGCCGGUUCCGCUCCCGCGGCGCGGUGGCGCGGGAGCCGGCGGGGGCGGGGUCCUCCUCGGCGGCGUCCCGCGCCGCGGCGUUCCUCCGCCGGCACGGGCUCCACCACCACCGCCCGUCCUUCACCUACGAGCAGCUGCGCGCCGCCACCGCGGGCUUCGACGCGGCGCGCAAGCUCGGCGACGGCGGCUUCGGGACUGUGUUCCUCGCGUACCUCCCGCCCUCCGGCCGCCCCGCCGCCGUCAAGCGCCUCCAUGUCCCGCCGUCCCCGUCCCCGUCGUUCCCCUCCGCCUCCGCCACCAUCACCAAGUCCUUCUGCAACGAGGUGCUCAUCCUCUCCGCGCUCCGCCACCCGCACCUCGUCCGCCUCCACGGCUUCUGCGCCGACCCGCGCGCGCUCCUCCUCGUCUACGACUUCGUCCCCAACGGCACGCUCUGGCACCACCUCCACCGCCGUGUCGGCGGCCCUGGCGCCGCGCCGCCGCCCCCGCCGCUCCCCUGGCGGACCCGCCUCGCGAUGGCCGCCCAGAUCGCGUCGGCGCUCGAGUACCUCCACUUCGGCGUGAAGCCCGCCGUCGUGCACCGCGACGGGACGCCGGGCUACCUGGACCCGGACUACCACCGCUCGUUCCAGCUCACGGAGAAGAGCGACGUGUACAGCUUGGGCGUCGUGGUGCUGGAGCUCGUCACGGGGCUGAGGCCCGUGGACGUGGGCAGGGAGCGGCAGGACGUGACGCUGGCGGACUGGGUGGUGGCCAAGAUCCAGGUCGGCGAGCUCAGGGAGGUCGUCGACCCGCCGGUGCUGGGCGAGGACCCCGCCGUGAUGGCGAGCGUCGAGGCCGUGGCGGAGCUGGCGUUCCGGUGCGUGGCGCCGGACAAGGACGACCGGCCUGACGCCCGGGAGGUGCUGGCCGAGCUCAAGAGGAUCCAAACCAUGCUCCCCGAGCUUCCCAGCCGCAAGGUUUCUUGA